CGUAAAAACAAUAGAAGGCAAGGUGUUCUUCUCUGGAAACGUGGGAGAAGGACAUUGUUGCAAUAGAAUCACAAAAAACAACACCUUUGAAGGUCUCACGUUGCAUUUUUCAUGUCGAGAAUUAUGCGAUAUUCUUACAUAGUUUUUUCUUGUUAGAUUCUCAAAAACGGGUUGGUUGGUGGUUCCUUUGAUGGGAAAUUGCUUUGGAAGUCGUUCCAAGGUUGAUGUCCCUCUCACCUCCCAACCCAAUUCUGCUCCUCUUAGAAGCACUCAAUUGUUAGUUAAAUCAAGUGGUGCAGCAGUACAUGGAAACAGUGAAGGAGGUAAACCUGAGAUUCUAGUUCUACCAACUCCGAGAUCGGAAGGGGACAUACUUUCUUCUCCUCAUUUAAAAGCCUUCACAUUUAAGGAUCUUAGGAAUGCAACUAAAAACUUCAGUAAUGAUAGUUUAAUCGGACAAGGAGGAUUCGGUUAUGUUUAUAAAGGCUGGAUUGACGAUCGAUCGCGUAAAGCUGCAAAGCCUGCUGCUGGAACUGCUGUUGCUGUCAAGAAGCUUAAGCCGGAAGGUUUUCAAGGCCAUAAGGAGUGGCUGUCUGAACUCAAUUAUCUUGGCCAACUUCAUCAUCCAAAUCUUGUCAAACUUACUGGAUAUUGCCUAGAUGGAGAUAACAGGCUUCUGGUCUAUGAGUUCAUGCCUAAUGGAAGCUUGGAAGAUCAUCUAUUUCGCAAAGGAGCACAACUACUUCCUUGGGCAACAAGAAUCAAAGUAGCAACUGGUGCUGCUCGAGGUCUCACUUUUCUACACGACUCUAAUCAACAAAUUAUCUACCGUGAUUUCAAGGCUUCUAAUAUUUUAUUAGACUCGGAAUUUAAUGCGAAACUCUCAGACUUUGGAUUGGCCAAAGCAGGGCCUACUGGCGAUCGUUCUCAUGUUUCUACUCAAGUUCUGGGAACUCAAGGCUAUGCUGCUCCUGAAUAUAUUGCUACAGGUCGGCUAACAACAAGGUGCGAUGUCUAUAGCUUUGGAGUUGUGCUAUUAGAACUACUAUCAGGGCGAAAUGCGGUCGAUAAAACAAAAUCAGGAGUGGAACAUAAUCUGGUAGAUUGGGCGCGGCCAUAUUUAGGCGAUAGAAGGAAAUUGUUUCGGAUUAUGGACACAAGAUUAGAAGGGCAGUAUCCACAAAGGGCAGCUUAUACAGCUGCAAUUCUUGCAUUACAGUGUAUUAGUGAGGCCAAGUUUAGACCACAAAUGUCUGAGGUUUUGGCAACGUUGGAACAAUUGCCUGUCAUCAGACAUUCAGCUAGUCCUUCUAGAUUAGAGGUGAAACCAAUCUCAAGUCCAAUAAGAGAGAGAGAGUAUGAAGCAAAAACUAGUGAAAUACUCGUGCGUACGUACAAACAGAUGUAAAAGAGGACAAUGUAACGCAGGUUUAUUUUCUCUCUAUGUAUACCUCUGGAUAUCCCCUUGCUUUUUCUUGGUUUUGUUAGGUGAUAGCGUUAGCCUUCAUGACAGAGUUUUGUGAAUUCUUAAUAUACUUUCUCUCUAUGUAUACCUUUGAUCAUUGAAAGAUAUUGACAAACAUUAAAUUAUUAUCUUAGA